AUGAAGUUUAUUAUAUUAUUAUUUGCUUUAAUUCACAUCACUGUUGCUGCUAAUAGAGCUCUUAUCAUAGAUUACCUGUACUAUGGUUGCAACUUAGACUGUUAUAUAGCUCUGAAUCAAGAGAAUACAUGUGGCGCCCAUGAUGAUGAUGUUUCGGACCAACAAUAUCAUGCUUGUUUAUGCAUGAAUUAUGAUUAUUUUACUAAUUUGAUGAAUUGUAAUUGUUUUGAUAGCAAUGUUUAUUAUGUCUCAUCAUCAAUUUGUUCUAUGGCAACUGCAAGCUCAGAAUUUGAAACGUAUGAUGGUGCCCCGUCAACCAUGGAUGUCUCAACUACUGAUUAUAGCUCAUCAACAGAGGAUAUUUCAUUCACAGAGGAUGUUUCAUUCACAGAGGAUGAUUCAUUCACAGAGUAUAGUUCAUUCACAAAGUAUAGUUCAUUCACAAAGUAUAGUUCAUCUGUUUCUUCCUUCACUAAAGUCAUUUGGUCCACUUUAGAGACUUCAUCGAUUAAGGGCAUUGCAGCUACCACAAGCAGUUAUUUUACCAACGCUCAAACAACUUCAGGAACUGCUAAUGAUUCAUCAAUAUCUAAACCUAGUGGAUCUCAGAUUUUUGUUUUAUGUGUGAUUUCAGUUGUUGGAUUUAUUUUCUUUUUCCUUUUCUUCCUCAGUUUAUUUGUCUAG